AUGAGGCCGAGCGGCUGGCUGCUGCCAGUCACCACGUCAUCGGAUCCAGCUGUCAAUCACCCCCCCUCAUCAGCUUCCUCUCCUCAGCACCUGGAUGGAACAGUUACUAUGGCAACCUUCACCCCUCCCCCUCCACUGAUUGGGCCCUACCUGGCAGUCGGUCAUGGGGAAGGGGCGGUGCACAAGCGUGAGUGUGUGAGCUGUGGGUCGAGCAGCGCCCCCCUGUGGAUGAGAGACUCCUCAGGACGUCACCUGUGUAACACCUGCAGCCUCCAGCAGCAGACCAACAACCGUCCACUGCUGAGACCGAAGAGGAGAGCUGUGAGGACUGAUCACGUUGUGAGAAAAGGAGCUCAGUGUGUGAACUGUCUGACUGGAACGACGACGCUGUGGAGACGGAACUCUGCUGGAGAACCCGUCUGCAACGCCUGUGGCCUCUACUACAAACUACACCAGGUCAACAGGCCUCUGGCGAUGAAGAAAGACGGAAUCCAAACCAGGAACCGUAAAGUGUCCAAUAAGAACAAAAUAAGGAGGAAAUCUGACCAAUCAGAGACCAGGAUGUCUGUGCUGGUCCCGCCCACCAAGGAGGACAAGUUUCACUGCUGCUGA